AUGGAUAAAAAUAACAAUAAUAAUAAUAAAAAUUAUUAUAAUAGAAUAAUGCAAUCAAAAUAUAAUGAAUUCUCAAAAAUACAAUUAGAAACAAUUAAAAACAAUUCAAAAUUAAUUGAAAAAUCAAUUUGUAUUAUGAUAGAAAAUAUAAAAAAUGGUAAAUUUCUAAUUAAAAACAAUAAUGAUAGCCCUGUUAGAAUACUGGAUAUUGGCUCUUCUCAUGGUAGAAACUCAAUAACUCCUUUAAAUAUUAUUAUAUCAAAUAUUUUAAAGCAAAAUCCUAAACAAUGCUUUGAAGUGUACCACGAAGAUUUACCAUCUAAUGAUUUCAGUAGAUUAUUUAAUGAAAUUAGUCAAAAUUCCCAAAGUUAUUUAAAACUAUCCAAUCAGAUUUAUUAUUAUGGUAUAGGAAAAACAUUUUAUAAUCAAGUGGUACCAUCGAAUUCCAUUGAUUAUAUAUUUUCAUUUUCAGCCUCUCAUUGGUCCUCAUAUAAUGAAGAGUUUUAUAAAAACCCAGAUUCACUAUUAAUGAUCUAUCGAGAAAGAACUCCAGAAUACACAAAACACUGCUUAGAAUGUCUUUUCAAUAAUUUUUCAAGUAGAGCUAAAGAAUUAAAAAAUGGUGGUAUUUUCAUUAUUACUAUUAUGAAUGAAAAUGAAGACCUAUCACCAGAAGAAAACACUGUUUACCAAUAUUUCAAAUUAAUGAAGGAUGUUUGGUAUCUAAUGGUUAAAGAUAAUUUGGUUCCUAAAGAAGUGGUAGAAAAAAUGAUGUUACCUAUCAAUUUUUAUAAAAAAUCAGAGAUCUAUCAGGUCAUUGAUAUGGUAGAAAAGCAAGAAGGUUUAAAAUUGGUAUCAAUAGAUCAAAAUGUACAAACUUUCCACAAUGUAGAGCUUAGCGAUCUAGAUAAAGCAGAGCUACUAUUUAAAUAUAUCAAUGUUGCAAGUGAACCUACAAUAAAAUCAUUUUUACCAGGCGACCAAAGAAAAAAAGAUUUACUAUAUAAAGUUUUUAAAAUUAAGUUUUUAACUUACCUAAAAACAAAUAAAAUAAUUCCGAUCAAUAAUCUUUACAGCUACUAUUCAAUAAUUUUUGAAAAAGAUUGUUAA